AUGCAUGACAACACUCCUCAGUCAUUAGCUAUGUUUUCUCCUUGUAUCCCUUUGGCUACCCUUAUAUUCUUCUCUUGUAUUCUACACUUUGCUCAACAAGCCAGCACUUCUUCUUUCAUUGGCCAAGGCUACCGUCUCAUAUCUAUUCAAAUUGCACCUGAUGCUGCCAUUCAUGCACUUCUCCAAGUUAAGCAAACCAACAAUAUCUAUGGUGCUGAUAUUCCCCUUCUAAGGUUUUAUGCCAAACACGAGACAGAGAACCGUUUGAGGGUACACAUCACUGAUGCAAAGAACAAAAGGUGGGAGGUUCCUUAUGAUCUUUUGCCGAGAGAGCAACCACCUCCUCUAAAACAAAGUAUUGAAUUCUUAAAGAAGAAGAACUCAACUUGGGUUUCAGAGUACUCUGGCUCUGAGCUUGUUCUUACUUAUACUCCUGACCCUUUCAGCUUUGCCGUGACUAGGAAGUCAAAUGGAGACACCCUUUUCAACUCAACCUAUGAUGACUCUCACCCAUUUGGUCCAUUGGUUUUCAAGGACCAAUACUUGGAAAUUUCAACCAAAUUAUCCAAAGAUGCUUCUUUGUAUGGUUUGGGAGAGCACACACAGCCACAUGGAAUCAAACUAAAUCCGAAUGAUCCUUACACUUUGUUCACAACUGACAUAUCAGCCUUCAAUGUGAAUGCUGAUUUAUACGGGUCACACCCAGUGUACAUGGAUCUUAGAAAUGAGGGUGGCAAGGCAUAUGCACAUGGUGUUCUGUUGCUGAAUAGCAAUGGAAUGGAUGUGUUUUACACAGGCACAUCUCUAACAUACAAGGUUAUUGGAGGAGUUUUAGAUUUUUACUUCUUUGCAGGACCUUCUCCUCUCAAUGUUGUUGAUCAAUACACUUCUUUGAUUGGAAGACCAGCUCCAAUGCCUUACUGGGCUUUCGGAUUUCAUCAAUGCAAAUUUGGAUAUCAAAACGUGUCAGUUAUAGAAGAAGUUGUUGAGAAUUACCAGAAGGCUAAAAUCCCACUUGAUGUUAUUUGGAAUGAUGAUGAUCACAUGGAUGGGGCAAAGGACUUCACACUCCACCCAGUCAACUACCCUCGUUCCAAGCUUCUAAAGUUCUUGGACAAAAUUCACAACAUUGGCAUGAAAUAUGUUGUGAUCAUUGAUCCAGGAAUUGCUGUGAACGAAAGCUAUGAGAUAUACCAAAGGGGAAUGGCUAAUGAUGUUUUCAUCAAGCAUGAUGGGGAACCCUUCACAGGUCAAGUUUGGCCCGGUGCAGUAUAUUUCCCUGAUUUUCUAAAUCCAAAGACAGUUUCAUGGUGGGGUGACGAAAUUCGUCGCUUCCAUGAACUUGUCCCUGUUGAUGGCCUCUGGAUUGACAUGAAUGAAGCUUCAAAUUUCUGCACUGGAAAGUGCAGAAUCCAUGAGGGAAGGAUUUGUCCAAAUGAAACACAACCUUGGAUAUGCUGCUUUGAUUGUAGAGACAUAACAAACACAAAAUGGGACAACCCUCCCUACAAAAUCAAUGCUUCAGGAGUACAUGCUCCUUUAGGCUCCAAAACUAUAGCCACUAGUGCGGUUCAUUAUAAUGGAGUUCUAGAGUAUGAUGCUCACAGCCUCUAUGGUUUAUCUGAAUCCAUUGCAACUCACAAAGCCCUUCUAGACAUUCAGAAAAAACGACCUUUUAUCUUGUCACGCUCCACAUAUGUUGGUUCAGGCAAGUAUGUUGCACAUUGGACAGGUGACAUUUUAUCCAGAUGGGAGGAUUUGAGAUACUCAAUAAUCACAAUGCUUAAUUUUGGAAUAUAUGGGAUUCCAAUGGUUGGUGCUGAUAUAUGUGGCUUCUUUAUAACUUUCACUGAUCAUGAAGAGCUUUGUAACCGAUGGAUUCAACUUGGUGCAUUCUAUCCCUUCUCAAGGGAUCAUGCAGACUUUAAUUCCCCAAGACAGGAGCUUUAUUUAUGGGAUUCAGUUGCUGAGUCUGCUAGAAAUGCUUUGGGUACGAGGUAUAAGCUUCUUCCUUAUCUGUACACCCUCAACUAUGAGGCUCAUGUUAGUGGUGCCCCAAUUGCAAGGCCACUUUUCUUCUCUUUUCCAUCCUAUGUUGAAUGUUAUGGCCUCAGCACACAGUUUUUGCUUGGGAAAAGUUUGAUGAUUUCUCCUGUUCUUGAACAAGGCAAAACACAAGUGAAUGCACUGUUUCCACCAGGAACAUGGUAUAGUUUAUUUGAUUUGACAUAUACCAUUGUGUCAAAAGAGGGGACUUAUGUUACACUUGAUGCACCUUUGAAUGCGGUGAAUGUGCAUUUGUAUCAGAAUGUUAUUCUUCCAAUGCAACAGGGUGGAAUGGUUUCUAAGGAUGCUAGAAUGACACCCUUCAGCCUUAUUGUGACAUUCCCAGCAGGAGCAAAUGAUGGAGAAGCUCAAGGGAACCUCUUCCUUGAUGAUGAUGAGUUGCCAGAGAUGAAGCUUGGAAGUGGUUAUCCAAUUGCAACCUACAUUGAUUUUCAUGCAACUGUGAGAGAGGAAACUGUGAAGGUUUGGUCACAAGUUGUAGAAGGCGAGUUUGCUUUAGAAAAAGGUUGGAUUAUUGACAAGAUUAGCGUGUUGGGAUUAAAUGGGGGUGGAGAAUUACACAGAGUUAUGAUAGAUGGAGAACCAUUGACAUAUGUCUCAAAUGUGAAAGUUUACACAACAGAACAUAAGUACUUGCAUGAUGAGGGAGAUGGAAGAAAUAACAUAGAGAUGGUAGAGUUUGAGAGCUUGAAUAUCCCUCUUGGUAAAAACUUUUCUUUGUCUUGGAAGAUGACAUAUUGAUGUGUUGAUAUUGAAUAAGUCGAUGUAUGUUAUUUUGAGACAU